AUGACGGAGAUCAUGGCGAAGAAGCUCAAGAAGAAGCAGUUCAUAUGUAAGUAAAACGUACUAUACUACUAAGUAUUACCACAAAUUUUAUUAGAUGUCCUGUGCUAAAUUGACUAUUCUAUUAAUUUUAUUUGUAUCAGAUCCAAUCUGAUUAUAAUAUAGUUUUGUGCACAAACAGGGACCGAAGCACAAACUGUGCGCUUUAUCGAGCUACGCAUGACCACCUUUUUACAGGGGACAGGGGCUCAGCUGCUGAAGGAUUUGAGUAAGUUAGACAUUUUUAUCAGCAAACUUGUGUUUGUGUGUGAAUGAGUGACCCUUGAUUUGUCAUCCUUCUAUCUAUUGUAAAAGUCAAGCUAGAUCUUAAAAGUGUGUGUGUGUGUGUGUGUGUGUGUGUGUGUGUGUGUGUGUGUGUGUGUGUGUGUGUGUGUGUGUGCGCGUUUAUAGGGUAUAUGUAUGUGUCUAUAUGCUGUAGUGGGUCCACAAUUUCUUUUCUCAUCAGUUUGAUCCUAAAGGAGAUGGGGUUGGUGACCACCGCUCAGGCCUCCAAAAAGUGGGAGAACCUAAAAAAAAAUACAGGGUAAAUCAAUUGUAUUUGGUGAUUUGGCCCCUGGGGAUCACCUGGAUUUGUGGACAUGGGUGGUUUAUUUUACACUGGUAAAUCUUCAUGAAUGGCAGUUCUAUGAGUAUAAUUAAGUUUAUCAAUGUAAAGAUGUAAUGUGGUGUCCCUUGUACUCUCACACACAGGACCUGAUAUUACCCCGGACUGGGUCAGGGACAGAGGCUGGGGAGACGACGCCUGGCACCUGGCCAUACUUUCAAUUAAUGCACAAGGCGUUGGGGGACAAGGACUCAGUGAAACCACUGAACCUGAUCUCUACCGCAGGGGAUGUAGCAGGGAAUCCUGAGCAACAGCCUGAUGAGGAGACUCCCCAUACCUCAUCAGGCUGUUGCUCAGGAUUCCCUGCUACAUCUGAUCCCCCACCAGCCACAGCCCCAGGAACAUCGAGCACCCCAACACCUGGAUCCUCCAAAAGAAAAAGGAAUGAGGUUCUAGAACACAUCCAGGAUUAUACAGAAAGGCAGGACAAGAAGCAGAGGGAGCUGGAUAAAAAGGAAGAGGAGAGAGAAGACCGUAAGGAGAAGCAGCUCGAUCAACUUGUUGGAAUUUUGGCCAAAUUGGCUGAGAAUUCAAAGUAG